AUGAGCCCUUCGCAACUGGAAUCCUCGAAGUCUCUCUGCGCCGCGUUUGCUGAUCCAUCAGUCGAUCCGGAAUACCUCCUCUCUCACUUCUCCUCCGACGCAACAGCCCACGAGCAUGGUCCACAAACAGACACUAUGCCUUUUCUCGGUCGAACAAUACCAGGUAUCUCCAUAGAUGGUCUAAAAAUCUACAUGCCUCUACUCCAAAAGUAUGUCAAGUUCUCGGACAUGUCAUUCUUUGAUUACACCUCCGAUCCUGGGACAUCGAGAUUGAGUGUGAAGGGCAAGGCAACAUUUACGUGGACUGCAACGCACAAGAGCUGGGAUGAGGUCUUCACCUAUGUCCUUGGAUUCGAUCAAGAUAGCAAGGUUAAGACGUACGAGGUAUGGGCCGAUCCAUUGAGCUUGUACGCAGCUGCGAAGGGCAUGAAGCUGGAGUAG